AUGGCUUUCCAUCAACCUACCCGCCAAGCCACACAACGUGUGUAUCACCCGGCAGUGGAGGAAGAUGUGCGACAGGUACCUCGUCCAGCCGCGUCGGCUGUCGAUGAAUCACAAACUUGGGUGCUGUUUUCUCCUAUCAACGACGCCGCAACUACAACGUCGUAUCUUACAGAAACACACCGCAGUGAGUCCACGCCUGGCCGUUCGCGACUAAGUGACCUUGGCAGCGUCCAUACCAUUGCCCGUUCAGACAGUCAUGGCCGACGACGAUCGCUUAGUACACAUGAGGAAGACGAAGAAGAUGACGACGAUGAAGAGGACGAUGCAGAAUUGGACAGCUUGGACAGCCAUCUCCCCGAAUUUCGAUCAACGCCACACUUUUCCCAUUCGGCCCCUGGAUUGGCUCCCAUUGUACCAGCACACGAUGGUCUUGGUUCAUUCCGCCUUGACCAUGAUGGCAUGGGCCCCGAUAUACAAGACAGGCUGUAUGCUUUUGAGAGAUACAACCCGCGUCGGGUCAAGAGGCGACGCGAAAGUCUAGAGCUGGCUCAGGUUGAGUUGGAUAUUGAACAGGAACAAGAGAUUGAUAAGAUGGGACGAAUCGAGGCCUGGAGAUUGGAGCAGAGCCGUUGCCUUCUGGAAGAGAUUCAAAAGGAAACCAGGAGGAGGAGACGAUCAGCCGCCAGCGCUCGCUCGACCAUUGAACGGGUGGAGAAUGUUGUUCCCGACAACACCCAUUCGAAUGUUCAAGAGACAUUAGACGAGGAUGAUGCUUGGCAUGAGCAGCAAGCAAGCGACCUAGACGAGAGCGAAACAUUCCUGGGUCGCAUCACCCGAAAGGUUAUCCGGGACAUUAUGGGCAUUGAUGACAAACUGUUAUCCAUACUCUUUGGCGAGUCGUUGCCGGACGAGGACGAUCUAUCUUCUACACCAAAGGCAUCAACACUAAUACGCGAGUCGCAAAAGGACACCAACAUGACUGAUUCGGAACAUGCAUCAUGGCAACUGCAAAUGCUCGAAAGAAUCGCAAAGGAGUUGGGCUCGUUUGUUUAUCAGUUGUCAGAGCAUCCUGGUGCAUUUUCGACAUAUACGCGGAUGCAGCAGAUGCCAAUACCAUAUGCGGGUCUCCCGCCCAUUGCGGAAACAACAAAUGACAUGACUAAAGCGCCAUUGCAGGAAGCGGAUCCGAGGACAUCAAUACCUGAAUUUAAACCAACCAUUCCGACUCAUUCGAGCCCGAUAGAUGUGCCUCAGACGAAAGCAGCUCCAGCGCACUCUCAUACUGCAUCGCAUAUCACUGGUGACCAACAAGCGGUUACUGCUACUGCCUUCACGCAGGAUGAGUGGGAGCAAGACUUGGACGUAAGGCUUAUCUUUCGCUACCUCCGAUCGCGAUUCUUGUCCCGAUCAAACAGCACGGGCAACAUGUCAACAGGAUCCCAUCCAGCCACCUCGAGUAAUCAGGACGCUGCUGCAAAAGCUGCCCGUGUGCGGCAGCAUCAUCCCCUUGUGUCGAAGAUCCGUCCCCCAGAGAGGCGUUCAUUCAGGGGAGCAACGCCCACAAGUCCUGUGAUUUUUAGGCGUGCUUCUAGCUGUGCUAGUCAAAGUACACGAAAGUCCGUUCGAAGAAGCAGCUGCUCCUCUAGGCACUAUUGGGAUAUCGGCGCUGGCUCGGUGGGGACGGGCUCACUGAUUGCUGCGGCAGGGCCAAUGGGAAGCUGGGGUGAGAUUUGA